AUGUCUGAUUCAGAAGAUGAAGUAGAAAAUAAAAGAAUAACAACAUUAGAUCUAAACGAAGAAGAAGAUGAAACCGUUACAUUCAAAUCACUGGGUCUUGCAGAUGUGCUAUGUGAAGCAUGUGCAAAAUUAGGAUGGAAAACACCUACAAAAAUUCAGCGUGAAGCAUUACCAAUUGCAUUACAAAACCGUGAUGUAAUCGGAUUAGCUGAAACUGGUUCGGGUAAAACUGGUGCAUUUGCUUUACCCAUUCUACAAACAUUAUUAGCUCAACCACAGCGUUUAUUUGCUUUGAUAUUAACACCAACAAGAGAAUUGGCAUUUCAAAUAUCUGAACAAUUUGAAGCAUUAGGAUCAGUUAUUGGAAUCAAAUGUGCCGUCAUCGUUGGCGGAAUGGAUAUGAUGUCUCAAUCAAUUUCCUUAGCCAAAAAACCUCACAUCAUUGUUGGUACACCUGGCCGUCUCGUCGAUCAUUUGGAAAAUACAAAAGGAUUUACAUUGCGUACAAUCAAAUAUUUAGUAAUGGAUGAGGCUGAUCGAAUUUUGAACAUGGAUUUUGAAGCAGAUUUAGAUAAAAUUCUUAAAUUAUUACCAAGAGAAGAACGUCGUACAUAUUUGUAUUCGGCAACAAUGACUAAAAAAGUGGCAAAAUUACAGCGUGCAUCAUUAACAGAUCCUGUUAAAGUAGAAGUCUCAACAAAAUAUCAAACGGUCGAUAAAUUACAACAAUUCUAUUUGUUUAUACCAUCUAAAUUUAAAGAUGUUUAUUUUUGUUAUUUACUGAACGACUUUAGUGGAAAAUCAAUCAUUGUUUUUUGUUCAACAUGUUCAACAACAUUUCGACUGGCAUUGUUAGCAAGAAAUUUAGGUUUCACAGCUGUUCCAUUACAUGGACAAAUGACUCAAACAAAACGCCUUAAUGCACUAAAUAAAUUUAAAGGAAAAGUUCGUUCAAUAUUGAUAGCAACUGAUGUAGCCAGCAGAGGUCUUGAUAUUCCUCAUGUUGAUAUUGUUAUUAAUUACGAUAUUCCUCAGCAUUCAAAAGAUUACAUUCAUCGUGUUGGACGAACUGCACGAGCUGGCCGAUCAGGAAAAGCUGUGACAUUUGUUACUCAAUAUGAUGUUGAAUUAUAUCAACGUAUUGAAUUUUUAAUUGGCAAACAAUUACCAUUAUAUAAAACUCAUGAUGAUGAAGUAAUGGUAUUACAAGAACGAGUACAAGAAGCCGAUCGUCAAGCAAAAAUACAAAUGAAAGAAAUGAAUGACGAAAAUAAAAGUUCAGCAUUUAUGAAAAAUAAAAAACGGAAAAGUGAUCGAGAUGAAACAACGUCAAAUAAAAGGCCAAAGACAUCAUCUGUGCACGAUGAUUCAGAACAUGGUUUCGGUGUAAAAAAACAACUGAAACAAAAAAAUAAGCAGAAAAAAGGACAAGGAGGUGGUGAUAUUCAAUUAAUUUUACGUCGUAUUCGAAAUGGCUUUAUAAUAUGUGAUGAUACCGAGAUAUGUGAUAAAAUUAUUAGUCAAGAGGUUGAAAAUGAACGAAGACGACGAGAGAUAGCCAAACAGAAAGGUGUUAACGUAGAUGAAACUGAUUUAUUAACUUUAAUACGUUCAGAUCCAGACUAUAUCAAAGAUGAAUUGUCACAUUCUCCUGAGUGGACAGCCAAUAAUGUCUUUGAAUCGACUCGACGUGGUAGAUGUGAAACAUUAGGACGUUUAGAUGAAAUUAAACAUGAAAAUGAAAUUAAACGAAAAGUUAAAGUAAUCUCUUGGCAUGAACCAAAACAUAAUCCGUUAGAUAAAGAUAAAUUUGAUAUAGACAAUUCAAAAGAUAUGUUUUGUCGUCGUUUACAACCUCCACCAAAAUCAGCGAAACCAUCACCAUUAACACUAUUAUUACAAAAUUCUUCUGAUAAACAAAAUCCAUUUAAUCAGUAUGCAAAAUUUGAUGGAACACCAAAUCCUGGUAAACAAUCGAAACGUUUCAAAGUUCGUUUAGCAAAUCGGGCAACUCAGCCACCAUUAACAAUUAUUGUAUCUAGUCAAGCAACAGUUGAAGAAGUUAUUGGGUUUAUUUGCUAUCGAUAUUGUUUAGAAGACAGACAACCGACAUUAACACAAACAGAUCUCAAAUGCUAUUCAUUGUGUAUAGCUGAUGACGAUUUAAGAUUAGAAGAAGAUUUUCCUCCUCUAACCACCACUCGUCUCAUUGGUCAAUAUGAUUUUCCUCAUUUUAUACUAACUGAAAUCCAUGAAACUGUUGGUAGUGAUACUGAAUCAACAGUAUCUUCAUCAACACCAUCAUCUUGUCUAUCAUCUCACAGUUCUUCUCCGUCUCAAUCAAUCUCAUCUUUGCCAGCAAUGACAGGGUCAACAUUAGUUGAUCAAUCACAACGAAAAUCUGUGAUAUCAUCAAGUUCACUUGAACGAGAAAAAGAAAAAGAAAAGGAAAAGGAAAAAGAAAAAGAAAAAGAAAAAGAGAAAGAAAACGAUCCUAUCGGUGAUUUAAAUCGAUUGUAUGAAAGUUUGAAUCAAAAAACUUAUUCAAUUGAAAUGAUUCUUAAACAUAGAAAACAUGCAAAUGGAAGAUUAGAUAUAUCGGGUGAGCAAAUAAAAAUGGAAUUAUUAGAAAAACCAAAGUCAUGGUCUCGUGAUAAGCCCCCGUUAAAUAUAGUUUAUUUUUCAAACAAACUAGUUGAUUGUUCAAUAUUAAAUAAAGAAAAAAAAAAAGAACAUGUUCGACUAAUUCUAACAUUUGAAUCUAAUCUUGAUGAUGGUACCUUAAAUUAUCAAUCACAUGAAUUUAUCUGUAAUUCACAAUCAUCAAUGGCACAAGAUAUUCACGAUCAAACACAGAAUAUUAUUAAAUUAAGAAAUCCAAAUGGACGUAAAAUUUAUGAAGAUAACAUGAAACGUGAUUUAUCGAAGAAAAGACGAUCAUUACUAAAUCCAUUUGGAAAAAAAGACUAA